AUGUCGUUUCUACAUUCGCACUCUUCUGGGUGUGUGAAGUCGGAGCUGGCCCUACUUACCAUACCACCUACCCAACCAAGUAUUGAAAAUUCCCAAUUCGUUUAUUACAAUGCUGUAUCCACGCUGUUGAACGAUACCCCUAUUGAAUUCAUCGUACCAGGCCAUAGAGAAAAAUAUAUUGUUUUGGCACAUACCUUGAUCAAAGUUCGCGCCAGAAUCCUGAAACCCGAAGGCGCUGCAGCUCUAGACCACUUUGUUGGUCUUGUGAAUAAUUUUUUACAUUCAAUGUUUAACCAAGUGGGUGUAUACUUCAACCAAAAGGAUGUUACGCCUCCAAAUAAUCUGUACACCUAUAGAGCAUACAUUGUAACAUUACUGAACUAUGGAACAGAUUCAAAGUCCUCACAUCUUGGAAUGCCAUUUUGGGCUACGGAUAGCUAUGGGGCAAUGGAUUCUACUGCAGUAGCGGUGGGCGAUGCAGGAACCAACAAUGGGCUAGCGGCACGUCAGGCAUUUAAUAAAGGUGGAAAAACAUUUGAUCGACUGGGACAUUUACAUUGUGACGUGUUCGAUCAAGAUAAGUUUUUGGAUGACUAUUGCUUUAUGGACGAUAUGGCCGAGAAUUAUAAGUUGCAUAUAGAAGAGGCCUCCUUGAUUGUUCGUCGUAUGAAACUCAGCCCCGGAAUUUUGAUUGCUCACGCUAAAACGCUUGCAAAGACAACUGCGAAAUAUCCUCUGACACGGGUAGAGGUCAAAUCUUUUGUUCUUCAUAAUGGGAUUAUGCGAGAGACAACAGACAAUGCGAUUGUGGGGCAACUCCGUAAAAGAAUCAUACUGGGAUCGGUUGAAAACACCAGUUUUAACGGAUCGAUGAAGAAGAAUCUCGUCAACUUCCAAACUUUUGGGAUACACUUAUUAUGCCUGAAUGUCGAUGGUCGCCAAGUACAUAGGAAAACUCUGCAGCCAAGAUUCACCUCUGGCGUCUGCCUAAAUGUGGAAGCAUUCAACACGCUAUUUGCUGGUACUGGAACACAUGUCAACCACCAUGGAAAUAGCAUCUCUCGUCAGCCUAUUCCGAUGGAUUUUGAUUGUUCGCGGUCGAUCUGA